AUGCCCCCCAGGCAAGCAAAGCAAGAAAAGAACAACUACCCUGAAUAUAUCCAUCACGAUAUGCUUGAUAAUAUGUUCAUUAAUCUGACAUUGGAAAAGAUUGGUGAGUUCCGUCGUGUCAGCAAAGCUUGGGAGCAAAUGACGAAAAGACAAGAAUUUGUUUUUCAAAAACGUGAGAUGAGCUACCCUGCAACUGAAAACAACAUCCUUGUUUUCACUCAAACAAGCCAAGAAGGUCACAUGUUGCAAGACAAACUAAUCGCCACCAACAUAAAAGUGCAAAUGGAUAACCCAUGCAACCACAUAGGAUUGCAAGAAGAGAUGUCGAUGGGUGACGAUGGCAUCCAUAAAAUCAUGCCUAUCACCACAGAUUUGCUCUGUCUGCAACCCAGGUCUCAAAUCAAAUUCUUGAACCCAAAGACAACACAUCUUGCAUCAAUUGAAUGGCCAUAUGAUGUCCCUCUCAGCAAUUGUGAAACAGCAUUUGGGUACCUAUCAUCCUCAAAAACUUACGUUUUCAUGGCCCUUAUUGCCGAUGGAAAAAACAUGCAAGGCUGCAUUUUUUCUUUUCAAAGUUGUUCAAGUAUUCAUAGAGGGGAAUGGAAAAUACUUUGCAAUGUAUGUCCUCGCCUUGUAUCUGAUGGAACCUGGUUUGAUAGAUUCAUGUACUGGCUUGUAGACAAAGUAUCCUCUGAAAUAGCAACACCUUAA